UAGUGUUCAUUUGUUUGUACUCACAAAGGUCUGUCUCCCUACAGAGCUUGAUGCAUUAGAUGCCAAUGAUGAGUUGACUCCUUUGGGACGAAUCCUGGCUAAACUCCCCAUUGAGCCUCGUUUUGGCAAAAUGAUGAUAAUGGGGUGUAUUUUCUACGUGGGAGAUGCUAUCUGUACCAUUGCUGCUGCUACCUGCUUCCCGGAGCCUUUUAUCAAUGAAGGAAAGCGGCUGGGCUAUAUCCAUCGCAAUUUUGCUGGAAACAGAUUUUCUGAUCAUGUAGCCCUUUUAUCAGUAUUCCAAGCCUGGGAUGAUGCUAGAAUGGGUGGAGAAGAAGCAGAGAUACGUUUUUGUGAACACAAAAGACUUAAUAUGGCUACAUUAAGAAUGACUUGGGAAGCCAAAGUUCAGCUCAAAGAGAUUCUGAUUAAUUCUGGGUUUCCAGAAGGUAAGACUUCUCCCAUUCUUAAGAUAUAUUUAAAGUGAUAUUUAUAUAGUACA